GUUGGUUGGUGCUCUGUGGCUGUCAGGAUGCUGCAUUUGGCGCUGAAGGUCCUCUGCUCCACAGUACUGCUUCUAGCAGCAGUUCAGUGUGUGCACUCGCAAUCUGACUGUUCUCAGGCUGAGUCAUGUGACCUAUGCGUUGGAGCCUCGAUGCUCAACCUGACGGGCUGCGUUUGGAGGCUUUGCCCAGAUGGUAAUGACACAGGUGUAUGUAUGACUGACCAGGGCGAUACAGCAGACGAUGGGAGGAACUGUAGCUGGACCAGGGUGUCUGAACUGUGCUCAGUUGUAGAGACUGUUGCUGAAGGAGGAGGUGACUCAGCUGACGACAAUAGCCCCAAGCCGAGCCCUGAAUUCUCCCAGGCCAAGUUUGACAUGUCCAGUUUCAUCGGAGGGAUCAUACUGGUCCUGUGUGUGCAGGCGGGUGGCUUCUUUGCCAUGCGUUUCCUCAAAUCGAAGGAACAGAGCAACUAUGACCCCAUCGAGCAGCCACAGUGAGGACCAGAGGUGUGAAGGGUAUAAGGAUGCAGGCGGAGGACAGCAGAGCAGUGACUCAUCCACUUGUGACGACAUUAUUUUCCCUUUUUUUUUUUUCUCUCCACCCUGUCAUUUUUUUUGGUUUUGGUCCCCAUGUGUACCCCUGGGGGAUGGGUGUGUUUAUAAGAGGACAUUUAGCUCCGUAUGCUGAGAAUACUGCAUUGUGUAACAAGUGUCUGUGCAUGCGUUCACAUGUGUUUCUACUGUAUGAUGUUCACAUUUCAGAAACAUUCCACUCUUUUACUUCAUUCAGGCAGACAAUAGAGAUAUAAAUCUGUGAGUAAGAAAAAGGCUCUAAUUUAUUAAAAAUUAUUGAGUUUGAUUAACUGCAUUCCAUGUGAGGUUGUCCUCUUGGAAAGCCACGUCUUCAACUGUGUGGAAUCAAUACAGCGCAGUUAUGUAAAAAAAAAAAAAAAAAAAAAAUGCA